UCUUUUACUUACUUUUCGCACAGUCACGCCGUUUAACGUACGAAAAUCUGCGUUUAAUAGUAUCUUUUAGAGGAAUGAACAGUAUUGGAUCUGAGUGUAAUGACUUGAAGAAAGAAUACGAUUCUUGCUUCAAUGUUUGGUAUUCGGAAAGCUUCCUUAAGGGAGACUACAAAAGCGAUCCUUGCAGCGAACUGCUAAAGAACUACAGAACAUGUGUUUUGAAGGCCAUCAAGGAGAAAAAUAUAGAUCUUUCAGAUAUUGAAGCAGAUGUUCUUGGCACUGACAGGGAAAAGCAACCACCUCCAGAAAAAUAACUCCUCAAGUCAGAAGAUUUAUACACCAGCAUCAAAAGAAACUUUCCACUAGGAAGGUCACCAUAACAGAAGAAAAAUUUCAACUAGCAAGAUCAAGCAUUGGUUAACAAGGGGAGAGACAUUGAUGGAACUCUGCUCUCUACACUGGAGUUACAGUAAUGUCUAGUAUACAACAGCAUGGACCCUGUCAAAGGAAUCAUUUUUUCUUUGGAAGCUCCCUGCUCCUGUCUGCACAAAGAUAAAAAUUACAUAAAACUCUCUAUUUCGUGUCUUCACUGUUUUUAUUUGUUAUCGUAUAAGAAUCACAUAAAGCUAACAUGACCUGCCCAGACUGACUUCUCUGAAAAACUAAAAGAGUCAUCCUCCCUGGAGAAAGUAAAUGACUUCAGUGUAUGACAAGGGAGAACUGAAUGUCAACAACAAUCUUUUGUUGAAUUUGUGCUCUUUGAUUUACAUAUGGCUGUAUGAGAAAACUAUAUUGAUCAAGGUUUGAUACAAGAGAGCACAGCCACUUAGGAAUCAAUUGUGUAUCAUAUCAUGUCUUCUGGAGGCAGGUUCCUUUAUGAAGUUAUACAAAGCUAACUUUGGUGACACUUGCAUACCAUCUUGAAAUAUGCUCUGUAAACUUGAAAUUACAAUGAAGUGCUCAUUUAUUUAUAGUGUGAAAUCUUUCCAAAUGUUACACUAACCCAUCACCAUAUUACUUUUAUGGGCCAUACCUUUAACAAAUACUUCAAUAUUUUAUUUCUGCCUGGCACUUGAAAUCAAGUUGAGCUCAUAUUUGAUUUUUGGGUUUCUGUUAUUUUUGUAUUAAUAUGAUUUUAAGGUUGUUUUAUAAAUAACAUUUUCCAAAAAUUCAGAUAAACUUCUCACUCUAAUGACAUUUAUGUCACUGUAAUGUACCUGGAUCAUUAUGUGCAAUUUAAUUUAAAAGAUGCUAGUAAUUUGUUUCAAAGAAAAUCGUGCACUGUAAUUUAUGCAUGUUUUUAGAUCAUUUCAGUUCUGUAGUUAUUUAGGUAGAAUCCCAUAAAUCAUAAUCUAAUUAUUGUUCUAAAUCAUUAAUAAAAAAUAAUACAAUUGCUCGCUUGUUUUAGUUUAUCGUCUUACAAUGGACAUCUUAAUAUCAAUGACCUUGCUGUGCGGAAUGGAACCAUUUUGGUGUACAUUGGAUG